CGACAGUCGGACUUGCCAUGUUUCUGUGAUCAUCAACUAACAAUCAUAUUUGUCAAGUUGUAGAGAUCUCGCAUAAUUUCUGCUCUUCCGAUCACAGAGCGUUGCGAAGAUAAAGUUAAUUAAAUGGCUGUGUAAUACUUUUCCUGACAACCAUGUGUGAGGACGUCAAAGUACACGUACGCAUAGACAGAGUUUUUGAAACUUUACCAAGUGCCGAACACGCUGUGUUUAUAAUCUAGCGAAAUGGACAACGGCGGCUUAUCAACAAUUUUACUGGAUAAACAUCAUUUAACAGUUGGCGAGACAGUUACGCUGUUCUGCCAUGGCCUCACUACGAGUGCUACGGACUGGAUCGGAUUGUUUUACACAGGUAAUUUCAGAUCUGUUUGUAUUUUCCGGAUAAAGUAUAUGAUUAUUGAACUUUGUUCAAGAAUGUCGCAGACUUUCGCACGUCUGUGUUGAUAAAGCGCUAGCUGUGUGGUAAAACCAUAAUCAGUGGCGAUCAUUAACUCGAAGAGACGCUCCCAAUUUUGUAAUAAAGCCGAAAUAAAAUUAAGGCCAUCCUGUAUUGUCUGUCGAUAGCUAUGGUCGAUAGACUUUAAUCCAAACGUCAAAAGACUAAGAUCAAAAACUAUUAGAACUGUCAGGACUUUGAACGGAGCUGUUUUUAUCAUGCCUAGGAGACGGAUUAGCUUGACAGAUAAUGAGUAUUCAUUUCAUAUGCUCUUGGGAUGAUUUGUCAAAAUUUUACUGCAGUUAUCUUUGGUAGUUUUGACAAAUUUAAAUUGUGUUUGACAAGUUCAAUAUUCCGGUAUCGGAUGAUAUUUAUAAACGUUUUGAUAUAUUGCCUAUUGGUUUGACCGAGUCAAAGGGCCUUUGAAAUAUUAUAUAAAACUGUUUUUCAAGCAUUUAAUUCCCUACCUACUGGCAACUAUUUGUUAUUUGGUCAUUAGAAAACCAUUACGCAUUUUAUAAAUCAAAGAACAGAGCAAUUGUACAGUCGAAUGCUUCUCUCUUCACUGUGACCCCUGUAAUUUGAUAUUCUCAAAGGCUCCCGACGUUUUCCACAAAAAUUGAUAAGCAUUUUGACAUCCAUUGUGAGCCCCUUUAAUCUGGCUAUGUCAAAACUGACAUUUUAUACUGGCUCUGAAAUGUAUCAGGGAAUAGGCUUAACUCCUCUCUAUUGACAUUUAAUUGUAACUAAUUGUAUUCACAUUCUUAAUUUAAUGACACUGUGAUGUUUUAAUAAUAAUAAGCAUUUUAAUCUGCCUAACAUCAGAUGUUUUUAUUCAUCUACUUGCCUGUUAAGCUGCAAUAUUUAACUUUGUCUAAUAGACCUUUCUUAUAAUGACUUAAUGAGAUGUCCCAAGGGAUAAUUUUUAGCGACAAUUCACAAUUCAAAUGAUGUUUUUACUAAAUUUAUUGGCUCGCCAACGACUUGCAUUGCGAAUCACAACCUCGCAAGCAAGGGCCUCCACACCCGCGGCGGGACCAAAAAUGUCCGUCCCGCCGCGGGUGUGGAGGCCCUUGCUUGCGAGGUUGUGCGAAUCGUUGCUAAAUUGUCAGUUACUUUAGCUUUACAGUCAGCCUACUUUAUCAAUUCACUCUGUCUAAUGGCAAACAAUUUUCAUCAAGGGGAGCACACUGGCUCGCAAUGGGUUAAUGAUAACCUGCCAACCCAGGUAACCCUUUUCAAGAUCAUGUCUGUAGUAGACUCUGCAAAUUUGUCCCGUAAUGUGUCGUAUGUCCAAGGGUGAAAAUCCAUUUUAAAAAGUGGGGGACUUAUCCAGCCAAAGAACACAAUUUAUUAUACUAGAUAAUAUAAUAGUGCCCUUGCCUAUGUCCCUUGUUAUUCCUUUAGUACCUGAGGAUUUUACUCGUCAAGGGCAUUUCCAGGUUUUAAUAUUAACUAUUUAAGUCAAUGAGUUAGUAAGUACUUUUUUCAAACACAAUAUAAACCAUGUAGUUUGUAUUAUAUAUAUACAUGUGGAUAAAAUUGUCAGGCUGAUAUUGCAACUAGUGUCCCCUUUCUCAAUUAAGGUUUUAACGUUGACAAAACAUUAUUUAGCACAGUGACUAUACAUUACUGAAUAAAGUCACGAUAUCAUCUGGUUUUAAGCAGAAUAAAUUGAUAAACUGUUCAGAUCGGGUACGAUACUUCAUUUUGUGUUUGUUAAGGAGCACAACACUUUAGUAUAGCCAGUUGUUCUUGAGUAUUGUAACAAAGUUAUAUUACUGAACUUCUUCACAUUGACUUGUCAAAACAAAGCUUUCGGGGGAUUACACAUCCAAAGCUUUGCCAAAUAAAUUGAUAAAAGUAUAUGUGAUGUUUCCGCAAAAAUAAACAGUAAGGUUAUAAUUAUUUCACCAUGCAAGCAUACAAGAAAUGUAUUAUGUCAAAACAAACUGCCAAUAAUUUUGAAUUUUGGCUUUACAGUACUUGUGACCAGGAUGUGAUCAUAUAUAUACAAAAUGUCAUAUUGAUAUUCAGUUUGCAGAAGUACAAUCUUUUGACAAGGUACAGCAGUGAUAAUAUGACUUCCAAAAAAAAAUUUAGUUUGUUUAAUCCUAAACAUGCUAAAAGUAUUCUGUAAUUGUAAAUUUGAAGAGUUUUUGAGAAGGAAAUUUCAAGCCGAAAAUUAUGUACUGUAUACUGUAUUUUAGACCUGAGCAGGAGCAUCUGUGAAAAAUGUUGUGUCAUGCAAUUGUACUAUAAACUAGACAAUUGCACUGGUAAACUAAUUGUACACUCAAUUUAAAUAUCUAGUGCAGUACAAAACUUUAAUCUGCCUCAUGGUACUGUAUGUGGUUUGUCUGCCUGAGGAGGUCUAGUUGCACAACAGCCACUUGUUAUGUUAAUUGUUUUUCAAGUACUGUAUAGGGCCAUAAAAUAGGAUGUAUAAUCCAAUUUUGUGGUCAAAGAUGCCUGUUUGUGAUAUGCAUCCUUUAGUAUAGCCAGUUGUUCUUGAGUAUUGUAACAAAGUUAUAUUACCGAACUUCUUCACAUUGACUUGUCAAAACAAAGCUUUCGGGGGAUUACACAUCCAAAGCUUUGCCAAAUAAAUUGAUAAAAGUAUAUGUGAUGUUUCCGCAAAAAUAAACAGUAAGGUUAUAAUUAUUUCACCAUGCAAGCAUACAAGAAAUGUAUUAUGUCAAAACAAACUGCCAAUAAUUUUGAAUUUUGGCUUUACAGUACUUGUGACCAGGAUGUGAUCAUAUAUAUACAAAAUGUCAUAUUGAUAUUCAGUUUGCAGAAGUACAAUCUUUUGACAAGGUACAGCAGUGAUAAUAUGACUUCCAAAAAAAAAUUUAGUUUGUUUAAUCCUAAACAUGCUAAAAGUAUUCUGUAAUUGUAAAUUUGAAGAGUUUUUGAGAAGGAAAUUUCAAGCCGAAAAUUAUGUACUGUAUACUGUAUUUUAGACCUGAGCAGGAGCAUCUAUGAAAAAUGUUGUGUCAUGCAAUUGUACUAUAAACUAGACAAUUGCACUGGUAAACUAAUUGUACACUCAAUUUAAAUAUCUAGUGCCUUUAAUCUGCCUCAUGGUACUGUAUGUGGUUUGUCUGCCUGAGGAGGUCUAGUUGCACAACAGCCACUUGUUAUGUUAAUUGUUUUUCAAGUACUGUAUAGGGCCAUAAAAUAGGAUGUAUAAUCCAAUUUUGUGGUCAAAGAUGCCUGUUUGUGAUAUGCAUCCUUUUCCUAAUGAAGUGGCCCUUGUUGAAGAAGCACUGACAAUACUAUAAUCUGUAAGAGCACUUAAAAAUAUUCAUCUUGGUUAGUAAUAUUCAAUUCUAUUGUGAUAUUGUGAAGGAAUGCUAUCCUGAUAUUUUAGCCAUUACAACCCUUACUAUAUUGCUCUAUUUUUACAUAAUUUAGCUAAUUUUUUCUUUAAUAUUUAACUGAUUAUAACUGUCAUUUGCAACUAGGGGUAAGUAACAUUUUAUAUGCUUUAAUAACACCAUAAAUUUGUGGGCCCAAUCUAGCCUCCUCCUCAGGCAUCUCACCUGAGGCACAGAAUAGGAAGUUAUACCAGAAGCGUAACUCUAGUCAUUUCCCUUAUUGUUUGACGUCCACGAAAAUUUUAACUCGCUCACGUCAGGCCACGCCAUCCUGGCUAGUACAGCCGGAAGUUUUUAUCAGGAUUUGGUAGGUACAAAGUGCCGGUUGUACUAGCCAGGAUGGCGUGAUUGAUGACGAAUCGCUUGUAAAAACGCGGACAAAUAUUUGCUCGAGUUACGCUUCUGGUAUAACUUCCUAUUCUGUGCCUGAGGAAUUAAGUGGGGCCUGCCGAGGAGGCUAGGCCCAAUCCAUUCUAGAGUGUUAUUAUAAAUUUUUAUUUUAAAGUUUGCCUGUAAUUUUAUGGAGGAUUGUAAUGAGUUGUAAUUACCCUGAAUUUAACACAUUUUAUGAAUGAAUGAAUUGAAUGACUUUAUUUAAGAGUGAAAAGUCCACAAAGUGAUUUUUCAUUUUACACUCUGUUUACAGAUUAAGGUUAUUACAAUAUUAUUAUCUAUCAAAAGUUACUAUCAUAUUUAUAGUUAAGUUACUAUUUAGUACCUAUUUACAAUGGUUACUUAAAAUUGGCCCUAACAGCCAUUUUAAAACUAAUUAGAUUUGUUUUUUCCCUAAUACUUAAUGGCAAACUAUUCCAUAAAACUGGCGCCCAAUAUUCAAACGACCUUGUUUGACUGUUUGUACAUGGUUUGGGAAUGGCCAAGUGUCCAUUUGCCGCCGAUCUUGUUCGAUAAUUGUGCUUAUUCAUCAAAGGUAUUAAUUUGUCCGAAAGACAUGUUGGACCAUCUCCGUUGGACCAUCUCCAUUUAGACAUUUAUAAAGUAGGGAACAACGCUGCAAGUAAUAACGAUUGGACAUACAAAGCCAAUUUAAUUUGUCUAGUAAAGGUGUUACAUGGUCAAACUUUUUAAAGGUGUUACAUGGUCAAAAUUUUCUGUUACAUUUUUUCAAAAUUUGUUGAUUGUUGACAGAAUUUGCCCCAAUUUCUUUUUUUUUUUGGGGGGGCUAGCCCCUUUGUCUUGUAUGCCUAUAUGCAUGACACAUUUUGUGUUUUAAUAACUUUUUGACAAUUUUUAGUCAUGGUAAUGGUAAUUGACUGGGAGAGAGUGCUGCCACUCAUUAGUGCCCUACUUUAUUAUUUUACUCUGUCUAACGCCAGGCGAUUUUACUCAGGGAGAGAGUGCUGCCACUAAUGGGUUAAUUUAAGUUGUGACAGUAUAUCAUAAUUAUUAUAUACAUUAUAGUACUAUAUGUGACAUACUGUAUGUCAAAUUUUUCUCCAAGGUGAUGUUGACUCCAUCUCAAAUUGUUUGGAUUAUAAACAAGGAGGAAAUACAGUGAGCAAGAGAGGUCUGAAGUGGUUGAUUGCUAACAAUAUUAAUUUCCAAGAAGGUAAGAGGACAAAUAUUGUUUGUUUUUGGUGACACACACAUUUACUCUGAAUUUGUCUCCUGUUGUGGUGAUCGAAGCAUGAACUUUGUGCAAUUUUGUACUUAUCACUGAUUUGUUAAUAUUUAUAAUGAAAACCUUGUAUUCACUAUAUAAACCAUUGUUCUGACCAUAUUUUCGACCAUAAAAUAUAUUUACUAUUUGUACAAAAAUAGCACACAGAGUCACAGACUUUGCAGUAUGUUAAGCAUAUACAUUAUUGACCAACUUUUGGGGACUGUGAAAUACAGUGUUAAUAAAAGAUUAACAUCCCAUUAAAUAUUAACCAUAGUUAAAACCACAUUGUUUGCCAAUGUAAUGAUGCUUAUAACUAAUUCAAACUAAAAUGAAUUGUGACUAACAAGAAAUAGUCUCAUUGUAAUUAUAAUUGUACCAUUUAAAUUAUUGAUCAAAGCAGUUUUAUUUACUGUAUGUACAGUACAUGUAGGAUAAUUGGUGGGAUAAGAAAAAAAACUUGCCUGUUUAUUGUAUGAAGUGUUUGUAGAGUACAUUAUUUUAUGGAAAAAUUAGCGCUCUCUGUAAGAAAGCAUUAUAUGUCAACAUUUUUCUGUUUAUUAAUUAAUGUGAGCACACAUCACAGGAAAUGUUUAAAACAGCUGCAGGAAACUUGUAUGAUUGAAGAUUUGCUACUUGAAAAUUUGAAAGAAUCCCUAACAUUUAUGUUCCACUAUGGGCCUAACAACUUAUGGUUGACAGACAUAUUACCCUGAAUUUAAAACCAUGGCCAACUAGGCCACUAUCUAUAUUUAGGCACAGGUUUAGCAUAAAAAUACUAACUAAAGUUGGUCUGCAGGAAAUUUAUAUCUCCAGGCUAUGCUCCCAGGAAGAAAAUUAUUUUCCCAAGCCUGUUUAGUGCAAUAUACUGUAUCUAAGGUACAUUUGGUCAUGUACAAAUACCGAUGUUUAGGCUUAAGCCAACAAUGUUGUUCCAAUGAAACCACAAUUAACGUCAACUCAACAACAAGUAUCUUUGUUGUACUCAGAAGAGGGCUAACUUAGUCACUUUUGUAAUCACGUUUGGACUGUGUUUCACCAAAUACAUCCCAAACUUUACUGCAAUUUUUAAAAAUAUUGGCUCACAAUAGAAUUGUACAAGAAGUGUAUCCUUAGGGCUGCAAAUAAAUAUUUGACUUGACAGGACAUUUGUCUGAUCACUUUUAAUUUUGGUCGGACAUAACUUGAAUUUGGUCGGACAUAUAUACGUCACAAGAUAUAUAUGUCACAAGACAAGUAUGUAUAGCCAUUCCAGCGCAACGUUAAGUAAAAUGCUAGAAUGCCUCGUAAAUUUAAUUGCAAAAUACAAAUUGAGUGAAUUUGCUAUCGGAUUUUGUCACAACAAAAAAAUGUGUAUAAUGUGACAAUUUUUUUGUGUGAUCGGACCAAUGUCUGAUCAAAAUCACUUUUCCUCGGACAUUUGCCAAAUUUAGUUGGACAUUGUCCGAUAUCCGACAGUAAUUUUAAUUUGUUUUAAACGUUGGAGAGCAGGUAUUCCUGAUGCUACUAUUUCUUAUUUAGCUGAGAACAAGUGUUUGUUUAAAUAUGUCCAUGGUGCUUCUGGAUCUGUUAAAGCUAUCAGUCAAGUUAUUCAUAUUAUUAACACAGAUAUGCAGGUAUUGUGAAAUACAGUGAUUUUGGAUGCAUAACAUAGAAUUUUCUUUGAAAACAUCUUGCAGACGUUUCAAGAGUGAAGAAACGUUUGACACAGUGUACCACAGUUCACUCCAUUUUAUGUCUUUCGUUUGGAAUUUAAAAUUAUAGUAAAUGGAAGAUAUAGAAAUUUUGUUGGACGUUCAGGUCAUUUUAAAGAAAAUUCUCAGGUUUUCUUUAAAUCUUCUUAAAAUAAUCAUGUCUAUGAACAUGUAAAAUCCGAAUGUUACCCCAUAUUUAUUGUUCAUGUUGGUGGAGUAAGUACAAAGUGACAAAUUUUUACGACUCUAACAUUCAGAAAAACAGCGAUUAUUUUCAGACUGUCUCAGAUUUCAUUUUACGGGCGUGACCGAAACGUGUUCAGAUUUUAGAACGCAAAUUAGAACACGUUCGAAACGCAAAUGCAUGAAAGCGAAUUAGAACGCGUCGACACGCGAAUGGAACACAAGUAAAACACGUUGGAAACACGAUCCGGAUGCAUUUCUAGUGCGUUUCCAGUUUCGUUAUCUGAAGUUCAUCUGAGCAGUACUGUACGAGUGCUUAUAUUCGGUAUUUUACUGAAUUUUAAAUAUUUUUUCUACAGGAAAUUACUUCACCAUCUGGGACACUCAACAGCUUAUUUUCUGGUCAACUUUUAGAGUUUACUAUAACAGGUAUAACAUGCUUCUGUAACCUAAGGUAGAAUGGAAUCUGACCAUAUAUAGUCGUGUUUACACUAAGGACUCGCAUUUACCUGAGACUAGUCUGGUGUCUGACAUGAUGCCUUACCUACUGCAGGACUGGCCUAAACUUCUAAAGCCUGUUUUACACUAGAAUUUGUUCGAACGAAGCGAUGUUUUUCUUUAUCGACAUCGCUUAUCACGUCAGCAAAAACGACGCCGACAAAGGAAAAACUUCGAACAAAUUUGCCUAGUGCCCGUAAACAGGCUUAAUUUAAGACCUGAGAUGCAAGCCACCUGAAAUUAGGCUAGUCCAAGUUGGUUUACACUAGAAGACUGCUUUUUUGUGGCUUCAUCAGUUGGUAGUCAGCUAAGUUUGUUUACUCAGUAUAAGAAUAGACGAAAUUGUUGUGAACUCAAAAGAUAUGCGUCAUUAUAAAAUGACGUUGAAACGUCAGGAUUUUGACGAGUCCUUCAUUCUACUGUAUUUGUACCUGUUUUUAUUUUUUAGAUGAUAGCUAAUGUCGAAGAUCACUUCUUCUGUAUGUUUGCUCUAGCUACUCUCUUGCCAAUGUUUAAUAAACGUUAUAAAUUCAUUGAAAAAUGCAGAUUUAGAAGUGCAUGUAGGGUAAUGUUUUAAAGAAAGUAGCCGGCAGUAAACUUCGUAACACCCGCCAGAGCUUCUGAUAGCUUUCGUAGGGAGGAUUUAAAAUUAACCCAUUUAUUUAUUUUAUAAAUUUAUCGACAGGCAUGGAAGCUCGUAACCUGAAACGUACCUUAUUCGGUCGCCCUUCACCAUAUGUUAAAGUAAGUCUACGACCAGGUCGAAUGCAACGUAAAGCUUGGCGUUCACAUCAUGGUGGGAUUGGUAAAACACGUUGUCAGGUUAAUACAACUGAGCCAUCCUGGAGUAAUGAGGUAGGUGACCCUAGGUCUACCGAAUAUAAUAACGUGGAAAUGAAGCAAUGAUUGCAAUUCGUCUUGCUAACUAAUUUACCAUUUUGGAUAGCACAAAUCAUCGCGCGCACUCCUCUUUCAAAAGUAGAAACACUUCAAAGGAUCUAAUUUCAGCGAUAGAUAUAUUCGCCUUUUCACACACCCUUUUAGCAGAAAAACUAAAUAUUUCAUACUAAAGACUUUAAAAACUGGCAGGUUGUAUUUGAUAGUACCCCGCAAGCAUAGCGGGAUAUUGUUUUUAAUCCAAUUUUCCAAUUUUUUGCAUUGUAGUGCAAAAAAUCUUUGAUUUCGGCAUAUCGAAAAUUUCGGUAUAUCUAAAAAUUCCGGUAUGUCGUAAAAUUCGGUGUGACUGAAAACCCGUGCUGAUACGCCGAAACUGGAUUGAAACCGGUAUUUUUUGUAUAUCGGUUCAGUAUUACAGAUCAGUGUUCAGUAUACCGAACAGGCCUGGGGGAGACAGGUGUUUGUGACAAGAAAGUGACCCGAAGAAGAAGGAAUGACGGAAGGAGAGAAGGGACAGGGGUGGAAAAAAUAAUUUUCUUCCUGCGAGCACAGUCUAAAGAUAAAACAUUUCCUGCGGAAUAAAUCUAGCCAUAUACUGUAGGUUAAUUUCCUGCAGCAGUAUAAAAACUGAGCUCGUGUUCUCGUACAUUUUUGCCACCCCUGGGAGGGGAGGAAGAACGACGAAGGGAAAAGAAAUGGGAAAGAAGGAGGGAAAAGGAAAAUGGAAACAAACUGGGAAAGAAAAGGCUAGAACCAGGUAACGAGCGAAACAAAAAAUACGCAUAAGCAUGCAGUGUUGCAUAUCUUUUAAUAAUUUAGGUAUUCGCGUUUAAAGCUAGCAUCUGGGAUAUACUGGAGAUUGAAGUACGCAACAGGUCUAUGGGAAUUAAGCCGACAUUUAGCAGGUUUCUUGGAAAAUUACAUUUCCCGUUGAGAGAAUUACUGACAAAAGGAAGAAACAGGUACGAUAAUUUGUUUUGCGGAAAAUCCCACGAUUAUAUUGUUGAUUACCACCUGUCCACCUAUGUCUGUUAAAUGUCCGUUGGUCUCUUGUCAAUCGCAAAAUUUAUGUUCUUUUAACUUAUCUUCUUUUAAUCGUUCUGCUCCCUGUAAAAUUACGGUUCACGGGUAAUCAAAAACGGUCAAACGUUUGGGACUAUUACUCAAUUCAGAGAGCUGUUAAGCCUUGGCCAAACAGAGCGCAUCUCAUCGCAAGUUUAAACUUCUAGCUGAGGCAUGGAAAAGAAGGGGUCAAUGAUUUGACAAAAAAAUCGCGAAGUGUGGGAUAUACAGUACAAAGUGCCAUUAAAAGGGCUAUUUGUUUAUAAUACAAAUCGAAACUUGUAUAUAUGUUUUACUUCAUAAUUUUGACUCAUCUACCAACUUUUCGCUAUUGAAACUACUGUAUUCAUUCAUUUAAAAUUGCGACGACUUGCGUUCUCGUAGAGGGUAAUAACAAUUUAUUAUUCAAUCGAAUAAGAUGCCAACAAAAUCUUGAUAUUUACCCAUUAACCUACACAUGGCAGUACCCUAGUAUAUAUACAUGAACUUGUGGUUAGAGCUUGACAACUGGACUCUGUAGCUCAGUUGGUGAGAUCGCUGCACCAGAAUCGCAGGGUGGCAGGUUCGAUUCCUGCCAGGGACCUAAAGUUGCAUUUUUCGCAGCUGUUCCUGGUUAUGUCUAAUAAAUGUAUAUAAAUUUCCACUCGAUAAUUUCCAUCUAACAAUACCCUUCGACUAAUAACAAAACUGAAUACUAUUCAGUGAAUAGAAUCAUAAACCGAUCUCCAUUUUAUUUAACCAGAACUCAGACAUUCACCGGACAGUUAAUGAAGAGAGAACCGUCGCGUAAAAUUCUAGGAACAUUUUCACUGUCAAUAAAAACUGAUCGUGAUCUUCCUGGUUCACGGAAUUCUAGACGUAAGUAUGGAUGGUAUUAUAUGCGAUUAGUUACGCUGUGUCAUGCUAUCAUUUUAAAAUGUUCUAUAUUCAUGAACGCUUUUAUGACAAAGUUUAUAAAUUUAUUAAUUAACUUCCCCAUUUACAAUUAUGAAUGUAUGGCCAACCUUUUGAUAUGUUUUAUAGUUUACUGUACCGUUACGUACCGUACCGUAUACAUUAUACAUUACAGUACAGUACAGUACAGUACAGUACAGUACAGUACAGUACAAUAUAAUAGAGAGGUUCAGAUUUGACUUCCAUUACUGCUACCACUACCAUUGAGGGACCAUUAACCAAUCAGAUGCGUUUCAUAUAUCCGAUCAACCAAUCAGACGUGUACUAAGUCAGCGGUAGCGGUAGUGGAAGUAAAAUCUGAACCUCUAUAAUAUAAUACAGUGAACUACAGUACAGUACAGUACAGUACAGUACAGUACAGUACAGUACAGUACAGUACAGUACAGUACAGUAAACUAUAAUACAAUAGUAAUAAUAAACUAGUAAUACCAUACAGUGACGUUCAUUACAAUACAGGACAGUACAGGACAGGUCCAGCACAGGACACGACGGUGCGGUACGGUACGGUACGGUACCAGUACAGACUCCUGGUACAUCGCUAGCAUCACAGCCCAUUAAGGCAGAGUUCUGCUACAAAAUGUUUCCAUGUAUUUUAAAUAGGUCAAGCAUCUCCCGACAGUCUGGACUCAGGUGAUCACAAUGGCGAGCUAGUAAAUGGGACUGGUGAGGAACAUCCUGAGAGUGAGGGAGAUAGACGACCGUCACUCAACGCCUCUACACCGGAUGAUGAUCUUAGCAUUCGUGAACGAACGUCAACUGUGCCCAUUCCCCCUGCUCGAGCAAUAGCUCAGAUUUUUAUGGACCAGUCUAUGGCAGCUCAGUCUCAACCUGAUUUACUAGGCCUCCCAUACACAACACAUGAAAGUGUACUCAUGAGGAAAAGGAACAUUAAUAAUACUCUUAGUGUUAGUCCAACUGAACUUAAUUCCAGGUUGUCCAUGCCUCCUUUUGUGUUCUCAUGUACUUCACUUCGAAGUUUUGAGAAUGCACCAUCAACUUCAAGUAGUUAUGCAAAUGAUAUGACAUUGAGGGCAAGUGGAAAUGAAGGGGAAAAUACGGGUGAAAGUUCUGAGGCUGAUGAUGCUUCUGUAAAUGAACAAGUCAAUAGGAACUUGAACUAUGAAUUUGCAGCUUCGUCUAACAGCAUGCAAACUAACACACGUAGUGCAUGUGACAGUCUCAGCGCGACAAUAUCUGAUAUGACUGCCAGUGAAGUUGAAAAUAAUCAAAGCUCUACUUCUGUUGCCCCAAGCACCUCCAUGAACUCCGAAACCAUACUGGAUGAAGAAAAUAGUGACGGUACUCGUGAAAUACGAGAUGUUGAUACUAAUAACGUAAGCUUGGACAAUUGUAGUGAGCACAAUUCGCACACAAGUGAACUAGAGACGAAUGCUGAGGCUGAUGUCAGUGAAACUGUGCUUGAAGAAGAUGAUCCAGCUACGAACGAAGGAAACAAUGAAAACCGUAGUGACGUAUAUGAAACUGAAGAUUUUUCGGCUGAAACAAAUAUGGAAAAUGCAAACACAGAAUAUAGUACAAACGAAUCAGUUUUAGUUUUCCCUUUGGAAGUAUCUUUAUUUGUAGACAAUUCGCUUACGGCUCAACAAGACUCAACUGUGUCUGUUGAAAAUGCACCUUCAAGUGAAGGUAGUUCAUCGUCACUACAACAGUUAUCACAACAUGAAGUACUAACUGUUGUUCAUCUACCUCCUGACGAACCAGAUACUUCAUUAGGGGAAAGAGAUUUUACAGCGGUGCAGUUAUUUGGACCAGUUAUCAACGCAACUGAAGGGACAAGUUCAGAUAUUUUGCAAGAAAAUAAUAACAUCGACACAAAUAGUGCUAACCGACCUAAUGCAUCAACAGUAAAUGACUCUAGUAUAUUAUCUGUUAACGAAACUCGAGAUUCUACUAAUGCUAGCACGUCUAGCCUUGAACCUUCACAUGGACAACUCGAUAUACCUGACGAGAACAACAUUAGUCAAAAUUCUGUACAACAUCCUAACUUAACAAGGUUUGAGAGUGGCAUGACUGUUGAUUCAUUUAUGGAUCUCGAAUCUGAACCAGAUAUCAUGAAUGUUUUAUCGCUUUCAAAUGCUACUACUUUCGAUAUAGUGAUACCUACACAAUCUGCAGAUAUGGAAGGAACCUCACCCAGAAGGACUGUGGGUACGUGUAACCUUAGAACGUUAUUCCAGAUUCCUGAUAGGGAAAGUGAAGCAGAAACGGUGGAUAACUCUCUUGGAAGAAUACAACAAGAUGACACAACUCCCAGCGAAGAAGUGAGUGCUGUCAUUAACGUUUCAGGGAAUAGUGACACAAUUCAGCCAGAUAUUGAAACUUUAGGACAUCAUGAUAGCAGUGCAAGUAAUGUUGGCACGGGUUUGAGUAAUAGUGAUUUGGGUGCUCAUGGAACUGCCGAUAUUUCAGAUAUAUUGCCAAACAGUGACACAUCAGUGGUUGAAAAUUCUAGUUCAAGUGGAUUAUUGUCUGGUGGUGGUAAUAAUGAGUUGGAUGACACAGAUAAUGGCCAAUAUCAGAUGGAGCAGGCAUCUACCGAAGAAGCAAGAACAACAAGCGAUAGUACAGAAGAUGAACUUUCACGAAAUGGGAGAUUGGAAAAUUCUCAAAGUACACCAAUGAAUGCUAGCUUGAUGUCCCAACCAUCAAUAAAUGAUGAAGCAAGAUCUCAAAGAGAUACACUUCCAUCUCCAAUUCCAUCAAUAACUCUCGUACGAUAUCUCCGCUCAAAAAAUGUAUCCAUUCGGUUGCCAUCGAGGACCGCUUCUCCUUUACCAGUUGUUCAUGUUGUCCCACCAGAUGUACCAGUUUCUCCUAGGAAUUCUGAAAGUGAAUUUCCGUCUACUUCUAUUGAAGCUGAACCUAUAUUGCCUGCAACUCGUGUUGACUCUCCUGUCCAAGGAUUACGACCUGUAGCUACUAGGUCACUUGCUCGAGAUGUUUUUGACGCACCCGAUGGUUCAUGGGAAAUUGUUAAUGCCGGUGCUUCCACUUCACAUUCUGGUGCUUCCCUUUCUGAAGCUACUCCAGGGAUACAAACGUCAUCUGUGUCUGGUGCCUCACAUUCAGGGCCAAAACGUAGAAGUUUAAGUGGGAGUUCUCAUAGUGGAAAUGCGAAAAAUAAGAGGACAAAUAAAUCACGGAACAGGACCAAUCGGAACUCUGCCACUGAGCCUACUGAAGGUGCUGAGUCUUUAGGGCAGGUUCGAUCAAGUCAAAGGAUAAUUGAGGAAAGACCAAACAGAAAUCAUCCAGACAACACAACGGAGGAAACAAAUGGUGAAUCAAGUCCAUCUGAUCGUCCCGCUUCUAUAUACGUUCAAAUUUCUGAUUUCGCUAGCGAUGAAGAUGUAUUGGAUGAGCCGUUACCUCCGCGUAAGUAAAUUUAAGUUUUUCAAUAAGAAAGUUGCAACAAAAAAUCACUGUAAUUAUUGUAUAUAGAAAGAAAGCCACUACGCAAAGUAUCGUACCGCAUAUUAUGUGCGGUAUUACAUUAUGGACUAUAGGAAGAUUCAAUUUGUAAUUUUGGAAAGAGUAAAAAACUGGGAAUAAUGGUAUAUCUUGCAUCUGGUAUACGGACAAAGUUAAUGCCAGUAAUUAACUAGAUACCAUAAUGCACUACAUUCCUCAGUGUCUUGCUCUUUUCUAAAGAAGCGAAUUGAAUCAUUGAUCAAGACAGAGCUUGGCCCUUGAGCCUCUCUACUGGUAAGAAGUAAUAAACGAUCUCUCGAAUUCUCUCAAAAGAUUUCAUUUUCACAACUAACUGUAUUACCUACUUUUUAAAAAUUCUUCAGCAAAAUUUCAUGUUUUAAAACUUUCGGUUUUCGGGACUGUAACACAAUCGUGUACAUUGGAGUGCUUUUUCUUCUUACUAAUUGGUAUUGUCCAAAUUAUUUCAGAUUGGGAGAGAGCAGUUGACUCGUAUGGCCGUGUGUACUAUAUCGAUCAUGAAAACAGAAUUACAACCUGGAUAAGACCAAGUGCUGGUAUGUACUGUGUAAAUAAUGGUAGAGACUUUGCUGUUUGUGGUAUUAAAUUUUAUUUGAUUUUUAUUAUCAGCAUCUGCAUCAGAAACAUCUUUGAAUGAAGUAAACCAUCACAGACAAAAUCUUGAUAGAAGGUAUUUACACGUUUUGAAUCUUUUACUACUAAAUACUGUAGUUUGAAACUAUUAGAUUGUCGGUGGAAAACAACGGCGAAAUUUACGCAACAUUUAGCAGAUUUAGGGGUGGUUAGGGAAGUGUGACAGUAAUGAUAACUCUGGUGAGAUUUUAUUUCCUCACUGCGCAAUUAUCCCUAACGAUCCCCUGCCUACAAUGUAUUGCGUCAUUUUGCCUUUGACCACCCAAUUGCCUGCAUAGGAGGCUAAUUUGAUUGCUUCUUAUACAGUUCCUAAAAUUGUAUCGUUGAGACUUUUCCAGAUUAUUAUUGCUUGGUAUUGGAACGUUAAACUGCUAAAUUCAAUAAUGUGAUUGGUCAGUGAUAAAAUCUCUGCGAGAAACUGUAGGAGUGGUUUGGCAUGUAUGGUGAAUUUUAUCGCUUUACAAAUACGUUACUUUUCGAUUGUCUUCCCGCGAAAAAAUGCCUACGUGGUAAGUAUUGGGUGUAAAUAAGGCUGAUCACACGUAUUUAUCAUUUGUUUAGGUAUCAAAGUUUCAGACGAACGUUGUCAGGUCGACGACGCCGACGUUCCUUUGACGAAACAGCCAAUGCAAACGUGGACAUGACAAUCUCCACUGAGGCAACAAGUCCUAAUGAUAUUUCAACAACCGCCACUCCUACUGUUAAUACACGCUCGAGUACAGACACCAACACACGCUCGACUGCAGACUCAAACACGACAUCACCAUCAGCACGAGCUACUACAUCAAGAUCGAAUGAAACCACACCCAACAGACCUUCUAGUGAUAAUCGGCAGUUGUUGAACUCCUCUUUUGUAAAGUUUCUUACUCGAGCUGAUCUUAUUUCUUUCCUCAGAAGCAGCGGGGUAAGUGUGUUCUUUAAUUAACUUGGGGAUUCAUCGUCAACUGUUGUGUGGACAUAGGAAACCGUUGUUGUAGAAAUCGUCAGUGUAAAAAGAGAAGCAGAGGAUUCUGACUUGCCUUCAUACAAAACGUCGGAAUCCUUUGAAAUUUUUAGUGAUUGUCUGAUCGUUCAACAAUCGGAAAUUAACGAUUACCGAUUGUUCCAAGUCACAGCCAUUGUAAAAAUUAGUCAAAUGACGUCAUUCAUUUUGUUUAUUGUUAGUUGCCACUUGGUAAAUUGGCUUCACUUUUCAUUUCUUAACAAUUUAUUUUUAUUACAGGCCGCUGGACAGUAUUACUUUAGUCACCCAGAAGUCAAAGAUAUCGUGAAGCGAAUCAGGGAAGAUCCACGACAUUAUCUCAGGUUUGCUAAAGCAAUGAUUUACUAUAUAAAGCAGUAUAGUAAUAUCGAAAUUUCUAAGGCAUUCAAAGACGUUAGAUUGGAUAAAACCAUCCACCAGUCCCUUUUGGCUCCAUAACUUAUUGAGUUCAGUAGCAGUCUAGAAACUCGAAAGUGCAUCUUUAUUCCCGGUUUGGGACAACAAAUUUUUCUUUGUUUCUACAGUGUUCUGCAAUGCCAAGAUAAGUGUGAAAACAUUUUUUUUCUGAAUACUUCGAUAUUAAAUCUCGGUAUAAAAUAAAAUUCGUGCACAAACUAUUUACUAUAAACUAAACUAAACUAGAUUUGUAUACUGAAUAUUUGUAUAUACCGUCACUUCUAAAUUGUUCUCCGUCGAUGUGCAUCAAGGACCAUCCUUUAUUGCAUGGUUCAGUGUUAUUACAUGAGGUUCAUGUAAACGGGGUAGCGGAGAACCUGCAUGUAGUGAUUAAUUAUUAGAGUCAAAGUAGAAGUGCUUUUCUCGCAUGCGUAUGAGGUGAAAAUUUAUUCAGCAAACUAUUUAACAAAUAUAAAAUAUUUUCCUGAUAUACAGUUAUAUCAACACGAGUGGAAAUUGGGAAAACGAGAAAUUGUGUGGAAACACGACGCCCGAAGGGCGGAGUGUUUUCACACAAUUUCGAGUUUUCCCAAUUUCCACGAGUGUUGAUAUGACUGUAUAUCAGUACGGAAAAAAUGUUUUAUAUUUGUUUUAUAAUAUAGCACAAACAAACAGAAAGAAAGAAAUUUUCCGACGUUUCUGUGUUGACAUUGAGUUAUAUCAACACGGCUCUUAGCCAAUCAGCGUUCAGAAUUUACAAGUGCUAUUUUAUAAUAUUAUUUAUUGCAGGAAUCAAGUUCCAGUCUGUGCCACCAACACCCUUAGCUUUAACGUUUUCACAUGAAGACUAACCUGUUUGACCAUCCAAAUAUUGCAGGUUCAUGCAUGAUCGUAGUUUGGUGACGUUUCUCAAUGGUUUUGCUGAUACAUCACAAGCACUGCCUCGUGGCUGGGAACAAAAGACUGAUCAGCAUGGCCAGGUAUACUAAUACUUUAAUUAGUCAACACUACAUUAUUAAUAACUAACUGCGUGAAUAUUUUUUUACGACAAAUGUUUCUUAGGACAUAUGAGGAAUAUUUAGCGUCCGAGAAUAACAACUUGUUUUGACCUUGUUUUACCGUCUAGUUUUCCUCAGCCCCCUCCCACGCCCCUCUGACCCCUCAAUUUUGUGUACACCUUUUGCCAUUAUUACUGCGUGCACUGACGCUCGAAAUACGUAUUUCUAGAAAUAUUUCGUGGACCACAAUAGUAGAAGUACAAACUUUGCCGACCCCAGACUAUCUGUCGAUACAACAAGAAACAGAUCGAGAGCUGUAGAG